AUGUCAUCGACCGAGACAGGACCUGAUCAAGGCUCUAUCCCAACUAGUCAAGAUGCUACCUCAACCGGACAUUUGAAAUCAUGGCAAGUGAAGAUUCCACGUACCUACGCGGAAGCGAUGGCAUCUCCACAUAAGAAAGAAUGGCUUGGUGCGAUGCAGGUGCAGAUCAAGAAGCUUCAUACCGCAAAUGCAUUCGAAUACAUUGAUCGUCCACCAUCUGGAGCUACCAUUCUACCCGGCAAAUGGGUGUUCGAUCUCAAGAUCGAUAAGAACAACACUGUUCUGGAAUUCAGAGCCCGAUGGGUCAUCUGUGGAAACCGUCAACGCCCCGGAUUCGACUUCGACGAGAACUACGCGCCAGUUGCAAGAGCAGAGACGAUGAGACUCUUCUUAAGCGUCGUAUCUAUCAAGAAUAUGAUCCUCGAACAAGUGGAUUAUACGGCAGCCUAUCUCAAUGCAGCAAUUGACAACCGAGCGAUCUUCAUGAAACAACCGACAGGCUUCGAAGAAGGAGACAAAGUCUGUAUUCUUUUACAAGCCCUUUAUGGCCUUCGACAAGCUGGUCAUCUGUGGUACAAAACCAUUGCCACAGCAUUGAAAGAGAUGGGAUUCCAACCGCUUGAAGAUGAGCCCUGCAUUAUGAUCCACAAGGAGAGAAACGUCUGGAUCUUGCUCUAUGUUGACGACACAUUGAUCGCUGCAUCUGACGAAGAAGGAAUUGCUUGGUUCAAAAGCAAGAUCCCAUUCAAAUACCGAGAUCUCGGCAAGCCAGAUCGCUUUCUGGGUAGUAGCCUCUCUCGUGGUAGACAUGGCAUAUUCCUCAGCCAAAGUGCAUAUGCAGAAGAAAUCAUCGUCAAAGCUGGCUUGCAAACUGCAGCUGCCGUCUAUCUCCCAAUGAAGACGACAUACAAAUCACCAGCAAUAACCAAUUCGAAAAACGACAAGGAUGUACGGAGAGAUGACAACGAUCUCCAGGAAGAUCAACCUUCAAUCUCAACUACAGAAGCAAAAGCAUACGUUGAAGACAUCGGCAAGCUAGGAUGGUUGACAGACAAGUCUCGCCCAGAUAUCGCCCUCGCAGUCAACAAGCUUCAACGACGAGCAUCAGCACCAAGACAGGAGGAUGUCGAGGCAUUAAAACAACUGAAUCGUUAUAUGAAAGGAACGAUGCACCUCGGUAUCUUACUAGGUGGAAAACCAGAGGAAGGCUUGUAUGGCUAUGUCGAUGCUUCAUAUCAAGAUUGUGAAGACGGUAAGAGCACGGAGGCGUUUAUCUUCUAUUACGCCGGUGGCCCAAUCAGCUGGUCAUCUCGGAAAGAAGAGAUCGUCGCGAGAAGCAGCACUGCCGCCGAGUACGUCGCUUUUGAUGCCGCGAUCAGGGAGUGCAUGUGGUUGUUAAAGAUCCUACACCAAAUGGGGAUCGAACAGACACUUCCAAUCACACUAUACACCGACAGUGAUAACGCGGUGUCGAUCAUGAAGAAAGAUAACUACGCAAAGGGGACGAAAUGGAUUGACGCAAGAUACCACUUUGUACGACAUGCAGUCAGAGAAGGCAUCGUUCGACUGGAACUAAUCGCAAGCGCCAACAACAUUGCGGAUACCCUCACCAAACCACUCGCGAAGGAGCUCUUCGAACCAAUGAGAGCAAGGAUGAUGGCGAAAUCAGCCAAUGACAACGACGUUGAACGAUGA